AUAUUUUUAAACCAACCCAAUGAAAAUGAUGAAUCCUAAAUCAACAAAAAUUGGCUAAAAAAAACCCCCAAAAAAUGUUAUUAGGGUUCAUAUCCUUACCACAAAUAACACCCCCAAAUCUAUUCACAAACCCAAAAUUAAUUCCAAAGCAACAAACUUUAUAUCCAAUAAUCAAAACCCACAAUUUAUCUUGUAACAAAAAGGCCCUUAAAAGAUUCAAACUUUCAUUUUCAGAAGAAAACAAACAACAACUUACAGAAGAAAAUGAAAAACAAGAUAAUGAUGAUGAUGAUGUGAAGAAGAAGAAGAAAGAACAAAAUGGUGAAGAUGAACGGCCAAGAUUCAAUCUUAAGUGGAGUGAACUGUUGUUUGACCCGGAUCCGAAUAAUGUAGUGGCAGUCGGGUUAACGGGUGUAUUGGCAUGGGCGAGUGUUCAAGUAUUGUGGCAACUUUUUGUUAUAUCAUUUGCUAUUUUGAUUGCUGCUGUUAAGUAUUCUCUAAUUGCUGCUCUUUUGAUUUUUAUUCUUAUUACUUUGCUUUAAAUUUGUAUAAAGUUUUUGUGAUAAUUCAUAGUUUGAUUAAUAUUAGUAAGUAAAGCUUUGAGUUGUGAAGCUAUAUUUAUUUA